AUGAGAAUAUUCAUCGUAAUCUCGACGGUGCUUUUAUUGCUUUUGAGAACAUUUGCGGGGCCCCAGGCUGCGCUUUCGCAAGCAGAGUAUACCACCCGCGACGCGACGGAUAAUCUGGUCUUUACGAGUAUUGCAUCGCUACUUCAGCAAUGGCCGAAUACACGUUGGAGGAAUGGGCAUACGAUUAUCCAGGGCUCGAUACCCGUUGGAACGAUCCUAUACCACGCAAGAGGAAAUAAGAAUCUACCCUUGACGCCAGAAUGGACGGCGACAAACGUCGAGCAUUCGUAUAUCUUGUGCCCGCCGCCUGAAUGCUGGAUGUUGACGCUCGCGGUCCAGGAGCGGCUCAAGGUUAUCUACUUUGACGGCUCGAGCGCGUCGAAUUCUGUCAUGGGACACCAGGACGCACAGGAUUUGAUUAUUUAUGGCAAGGUUCGCCCAGAUAAGGUUUGGGCAGAGGUUGAGAGGAUCCGACUUCUCUGUGAGUGGGGCGCGCCUAUGGGUGUCGAUGCGAUUAUUCGUAUGGAACCUGGGUUCGAAGUGAUGCUCUGUGACUUUACCAAGAAGGUCAAGCUUGUGUCUGCUUUGCAUAUCAUGGCCCCCGAAAACACGGGACAUAUCACCAGUCCAGUCUCCCAACCGUCAUCGGAUUUAUUGGUCGAACGGCGGGACAUGCACAAGAUGAAUGGGAGCGAGCCAGACCUACCGCCUGGUGCUCCCCACCAUAGAUAUCCUCAGCCCAUCCCGCCUCACUGGCAUGGCCCACUACGAGAUAAACGUUCCGUCGCCGUCGAAGCUGUCCUUGCAGCCGGAUGGAAUAAUUUCUACCCAGGUGAAGCGCGCGUACACCUCGACUAUACGCGCUUCAUCUCCUUUUACGAUCCAACGUUUACGAGUCUUGUUCAGUCUAGAGAAGGACAGGCGAGGGACCGGCAUCGCUUGACGGAUAUUUCGAAAGAGGACUAUGAAAAGGCCAUGUCGCAGCUCCGGGAUGAUUUGACGAGAGAGGAUAUGGAGCCCUCGUCUGGAGUCGAUUGGAGCGCGAUACUACGCACAGUAGUGGAUAGAUAUGGGGAGAGGCUGCGUCUCUUACAGGUCUCCCUCCAAGCAGACGUUCAGUCGGAACGAAAUGCGACAGAACUCGCAUUGAGGAUUCGACAGCGGAUCAUGGUGAUGUUGAUGCCGUAUACAAUCUUUGGUGUCCUUCCGGAAACGGACAACUACGAGGAAGCGUCUCGGAAUAUAUCGUGGACAAUUCCGAUCCGCAGACACUGCGAGAGCGCCUUGCUUGCUGGUAUCGAAGAUUCUUCGUUGACAAGAUCGGAAAGGCUCUUGAAGCGUGCGACGCAUGGUGUCUUGGACAGGAUCUGCUCGACCUUGACGACAAUUUGGGUCGACGCACUCUUCGUCACGGUUAUAACAGAACGACAGGCGCGGAAGUUCCUGACGUAUUGGUUGGAGCAUGUAGAAGAGCUGGUCAAGUGGCUAGCUUGGCCCAUUUGGGAUACUUGCCACCCUGCCUGCUCCGAGCACAUGAUUAUAACACUAUAUGUCACUCUGUCACUGCUUUCUGUGGUCCGUGGCAUGACGAGACACUCGCAAAUACCCCUCAACCACCCAAAUAUCUCGACCAAUGAAGCAACAGACAAUCUCAUCUUUACGAGCGUAGCUUCUCUACUUCAACAAUGGCCAAAUACGCUGUUUCGGAAUGGUCACACAGUGAUCAAAGGUCAUAUACCGUCGGGUACUAUUCUAUAUCAUGGCAGAGAAGACAGUUCUAUCCCCUCUCGUCUGGAAUGGCUCGCAUUCAACUUCGAGCACUCUUACCUGAUGUGCCAUGGCGGAGAGAGCUGGAUGUUGACGUUUGUAACCAAGAAUGACUUGAACAUUUUAUAUUUCGAUGGUUCUAGCGCCUCGAACUCGAUUCUCGGGCAUCUCGACUCCCAAGAUGUAUUAAUGUAUGGACGAGUUCGACCAGAAAAAGUCUGGGAAGAGCCGGAGAGAAUUAUGUGGUUUUGUGAGUGGGGUAAAACAUUUGGGAUUGAUGCCAUAGUCCGGAUGGAGCCAGGAUUCGAGGUAAUGCUCUGCGACUUCGCCCACCUUGAUCUUGUGACGGCAGACCACAUUCUUGGUUCUACACACACUCCAAACAACCUUACGGAUAGAGGACCUUUGGUUUUGGUGAAGCGCCAACGCAUACGGCAUGCGCUCCGGGAAGGGUAUGGCCACAGUCGGGAUAUACAUUUGGCGACAGUGGCAGCUUCACCGCACAAUCUACCCAGCUUACCGCCAAUCUAUCCACCAGACCAGCCUGUUCCACCGGGAUGGCACGGCCCGUUACGCUCAGUCCAAUCAACGGAGAUGGAAGCCCUCCAAGCCGCAUUCUGGAACAAUUUCUACCCAGGAGAGUCGCAAGUCAAACUUGACUACACGAGGAUGAUUUCCUUCUAUGAUCCAUCCUUAAAAAGCCUCGUCGAGUCGCGUCGAGGUCAACCCUCACGAAACCAUCAUCGACUGACGGAAAUAUCGAACGGGGAUCAGCAGCUUGCAAAAAGCCUUCUGGAGGAAGACUUGAGAAGAUUGGAACCUGCGUCUUCUCCCAUGGAUUGGAGUGCGUUCUUGCGUGCGGUUACCGACCGAUAUGCCGAGCGACUUUAUCAACUCCGACUUUUACUCUCACUUUCCAAUGGCGAUAUCUCGUUGCCACUGAGAACAAAACGUGCGAGAGAACAAGUUCUGGUCAUGUUGACCCCAUACAUUCGCGUCGGCGAUGUGCCGCCACCAUCGCAGGGAGGGGAGCGAAAUGCAUCGUGGGUCGUGCCAAUUCGAGACCGGUGCGCCUCCACACUACUAAAGGGAAUACACGAGACAGACCUUGUGCGCUCUGAAAGGAUGCUCAAGCACGCGAUAGCAGGCGUACUCUGGAGAAUAUGCUCGACAUUAACAGAAAUCUGGUUCGAUGCAAUGCUGGCUCUCGAGCUUCCAGGAACCAAGCAACAAGACUUGUUGGAUUCAUGGUACGGCAAUGUGUAUCGGUUGAUGGAGUGGUUGGAUUGGCCAAUAUGGCAUGUCUGUAGACCAGCAUGUCCAGAUGAGUUGUUCUGCUAUGUCCCCACGUGGCCUUGGGGCAUCGAAUGGUUUGAGACGAAUGUCGACGCAAUUGACAUGACUCCACGAUACAAUCUCAUCUUUACAAGCGUAGCUUCUCUACUUCAACAAUGGCCAAAUACGCUAUUUCGGAAUGGCCACACGGUGAUCAAAGGUCACAUACCGUUAGGAACUAUUCUGUAUCAUGGUAGAGAAGACAGUGACAUUCCAUCUCAUCCAGAAUGGCUCGCUUUUAACUUUGAGCACUCUUAUCUUCUUUGCCACGGCGGAGAAAGCUGGAUGUUGACCUUUGCGACCAAGAAGGAUUUGAGCAUUCUCUACUUCGAUGGCUCUAGUGCUGCGAACUCGAUUCUUGGGCACCUCGACUCCCAAGAUGUGUUGAUGUACGGACGCGUUCGACCGGACAAACUGUUAGCAGAGCCAGAGAGAAUUCUGUGGUUCUGUGAAUGGGGAAAGCCGUUUGGGAUUGAUGCAAUAGUCCGAAUGGAGCCAGGAUUCGAGGUCAUGCUCUGUGACUUUGCAAACGUCGACCUUGUGGCUGCAGACCACAUUAUUGCUUCAACCAACUCUACAGAUAAUCUCAGGGAUGGGGAGUCCACAAUCAUUGCAAAGCGCCAGCGCAUACGACAUACCCUCCGAGAAGGCAAUGGCGACUAUUCGGCAACGAUGGAACCUCCAUCACGAGAGCCGCCCGGCUUACCACCCAUCUAUCCACCAGACCAACCAGUCCCGCCAGGGUGGCAUGGUCCACUGCGCUCGGCCCAAUCAACGGAGAUGGAGGUCAUUCAAGCUGCAUUCUGGAACAGUUUUUACCCAGGAGAAGCGCGAGUCAAGCUCGACUAUACGAGAAUGAUCUCCUUCUAUGAUCCUCUUCUCGAAAGCCUCGUCGAAUCGCGUCGAGGUCAACUCUCACGGAACCAUCAUCGACUGACGGGAAUCUCGAACGGCGACCAGCAGCUUGCGAAAAGCCUUUUGGAGGAAGACUUGAGGAGACUGGAGCCUGUAUCUUCUCCUAUGGACUGGAGCAUGGUCUUGCGGACUGUCACCGACCGAUACGCCGAGCGACUUUAUCAACUCCGACUCUUACUCUCGCCUUUCCAUGGUGAAAUCUCGGUACCGUUGAGAACAUCUCGUGCGAGAGAACAAGUUCUGGUCAUGUUGACCCCGUACGUUCAUGUCGACAACGUCCCGCCCCCCAUGCAAGGAGAGCGAAAUACAUCGUGGGUUAUGCCAAUUCGAGACCGUUGUGCCUCCACUCUACUUAGAGGAAUGAGCGACAUACGCCUUGUGCGCUCUGAAAAGAUGCUCAAGCAUGCGACAGAAGGCGUUCUCUGGCGAGUAUGCUCGACGUUAACAGAGAUCUGGGUGGAUGCAAUAUCGGCUCUCGAACUUCCAGAAACUGAACAACAAGGCCUGUUGGGAUCAUGGUACUACAAGACUCAUGGGUUGAUGGAGUGGUUGGAUUGGCCAAUGUGGCAUACUUGUAGACCAGCAUGUCCAGAUGAGACAAACCUACAGCAGGUAGACGAGACGCACUGUACGUUUGCGCUCGAGGCCGCAGAGACUAUCAACCAUAUUUGCGUCUUUAUGCUUGGGACAGUGCCAUUCCCGCCCGGGUAUGCUGCAACAGUGCAUUUUUAUUGGCCAGGAAAGGGCUUCCAACUCCUGGGGAUGUUAUCAAAUGAAAAACCAUCAGCCAUCUUUCGUGUACGAGGCACAUUUGGCAGCACACAAUCUGCGUCCCAUCAAGUUAUCCUGCAAUCCUCGCAAGAUCAAGCAUCAACGACAGCCCAACUAGGCAUCGCAAUCGAGACCAUUGACGCGGUGCAAUCACAGAUCUCCACCCUGCAAUCUGCACAAACCUCGGGUGCAUCUAGGCCUUUGACGGAUCCUGUUGCGCUCGCAGAAGGGAUUGGGAAACAUCUGAUGAACUAUCUGUCCAGCUUUGGGCAAAGUGGACCCGGGGGACAGGUCUACGUUCCCAUUGCCGCUGUAGGGAAAUGGUAUGAGAGUUUCAUCAACAAAGUCAAGGCGGGUGGGAUUGGAUUCCUGGAAAGGCAGGAGUAG